CGCAUGCUCACCAAAAAAGGAUAAAGAAAAGUUAUGAGGAAUUGAAGAAAAUUUUUGUUUAUAGUGUUAAAUUAGAUAAACUUUAUUAAAAUGAUUUCUGUGAGCAACCAUGAAUUUGUUGAGCUUCGACAUCAGCAGCCGCAAACAUGCAAAACACAUUUUGUUUUUACGGAUAUUGAUAUUGCUGAUUUAGACAUUCCAGAAAUUAGCAGUGCAAAAUAUCAGUUGAAAAAUGGCAAUGCUUACAAGAAAGACACUUCUGAUUCAUCAAUUGCUUCAAUGUCAAGAAGUAAAAAAGGAAAGAAAAUUGUAGCCAUAACUGUCAUUAUGCUAGGUUUAAUUUUGCUGGGUGCAGGUAUUCCAAUUGGAUUACAGUUAAGAAGUUCAUCUCUACUGGAAGCUCGGUUAAAUUUUAUUCGUCGACUUCUAAGUGAAUGCAUGCUUGUCGGUGGAUUUUUCAACACUCAUUCUGAAUCAAAUUUUACUCAAAAUUUUUAUGAGAUUAAGGAAAGCAUGAUUGGAGCAGUUUUGCUGCCUAUACGUAUUCCAUGUCAAGCACAAUAUUUGGAUGCUGUUCAGUUGGCUUUAGAAGGAAUAGAUCAAGCCACUCGAAUGGUAAGUCGUACAAAAGGAAUGCGUAUAGUUUUAUCAGCUGAAGAAAUGGAGCAAGCACAUGAGAAUGGUGAAAUUGGAGUUUUAUUAGGACUUGAAGGUGGACAUUUAUUAGGAUCAAGUGUAGCUGUACUGAGAAUGUUUUAUUCGCUUGGUACAAGAUUUAUUUCCCUUUCAAGUUAUGAGUGCUCAAGUCCAUGGAUAUCAGCUGCAACAACAAAAGAACCAUUGUUUGAAGAAAAUAUCCCGACUUCGAUAACUCAAUUUGGAAAGAUUGUUCUCAAGGAGAUAAAUCGCUUAGGGAUGCUUGCCGAGAUUUCUCAUUUGAGUGAACCGAGUAUGAUGCAAGUGUUAAAUUCUGCUAAAGCACCAUUGCUUGUGAACAAUGCUAUGCCAGCAGCAACAACAUCUCCAAACAUAACCAACAUCAUUCCUGAUCAUGUUUUAAGUGCAUUGAGCAGUAAUGGUGGCGUGCUCACAAUCAACAUUGAUAAGUUAUCGGUAAAGGAAGCGAUACACAACAUAAAUUACGUACGUGCUCUUGCUGGGAUAGAACAUGUUGGUCUCGGUACGACGGUAUCACCAAGAAAGUAUGCAUUGCUCUUGGCAGAGCUUGCUCGUGACAGAUUGUGGAAUAAUGCAUCUUUGAAAAAGCUUGUAGGCGGAAAUAUUGUUAGGAUACUACGAGAGGCUGAAGCAAACAGGAAUAAAGUGGCGUUAAGUGAGGAUUGGAUUCCACCUGAAGAAAUCGAAGGAAAUGCAUAUUGCCGUUAUCCAGAAUCGUAAAUUGCAUUCAAAUCCCUAGUUUCUAUAGAAUGUUGAUUUGCAUCUACAUAAUAUUGUAAUAAUGCAAAAUCCAAGAAAAUAAGUGUUUUUAAAACUUAAUUAACUGUUCAGCAUGUAUGUUCAAGGUUUAUGAAAAGUGGUGACAGUUAUAUGUAAAAUUUUAUUGAAUAAUUCUUUAUUAAGUUGAAGAUCAGAAAAUUAUCUUUAAGAGAAAUUUCGAUAGUUUCUGUAAUUAAGUAAGUUAAACUAUACAGUUUUUAACAGUGUCCAAAAAGUUUAAGUAGUUGAAUUUAAAUGCUAGACUUCGAUUGAAAAAAAAAACGGAACUUGGUUGGGUUAAAAAUAUUCGUAUUAAAAUUCCAUUAAUUUUGGAAAGUCCGGAAAUAGAAUUGCAGAAAUUUUUAAAUUCCGUUUGGAUAAGAUUCUCUAUAAAUGAAUCACAAAAUUUUGAAUGCAUAUCAAUGAGGAAGUUUUUAAGCAAACCAUAAAAAGCUAUUGAUGCUCGUUAACUAUCUGAAUUGAACAUUUACAUAUUUAAAUUUCUAUCCAAAUAUCUCUAUCCAUCUCUCUCUAAACUAAAAAUGAAUAAAAUUUUAUCGUUUUAAAAAAUGAAAGAAAUUGCAAGAAAAGAAAAACUUCCAAUUUGUAAAAUUAUUUACCAUGAUUCCUCAUCAUGAAAUUGACUUCUGUUGCACCAUGGGAAACAUUUAUUUUAUUUCAUAUAUUUAUUUAUAAGAGAAGGAAAAACUACUCCUCUUUCCGACAUUUUAAUCUUAAUCAGAGUUCAAUCGGAAAAGGAGUUUUUCGUUUAUUGAAUUUUUUUUUUCUCUUUCAGAAAAUGUUUUUUGGCAACAAUUUCACCAAGAAUAAAAUAAUAUAAAAAAUGUACACUGGCAUAAAGAAUAACAAAAUAAAUCACGAUUUUUAAAACAAUUUUUUUGUUUGCUGAAUAUAAAAAAAAUAAAUUUUAUAAACAACAAAUUGGAAUAUUUUCUUUUACUCCGCUUUUGCAACUACAUAAUAGAAAAGUAAAAACAAGAGAUGAAAGCGG